AUGAAAGAAAUGGAUAACAAUAAUUCGAAAUCACCUCACUUUCUCUUCGUCACGUUCCCAGCACAAGGCCAUAUCAACCCAGCUCUCGAGCUCGCCAAACGCCUCGCCGGAACCAUCAUCGGAGCUAGAGUCACUUUCGCCGCAUCAACCUCCUCCUACAACCGCCGCAUGUUCUCCACUGAAAACGUCCCCGAAACCCUAAUCUUCGCCAAAUACUCCGAUGGCCUCGACGACGGUUUCAAACUCUCUUCCACCUCCGAAAAAUCUCGCAAAGACACCGCCGGACAAUACCUCUCUGAGAUGAGACGACGUGGCAGAGAAACACUAACCGAACUUAUCGAAGAUAACCGGAAACAAAACCGGCCUUUUACCUGCGUGGUUUACACUCUCCUCCUCACUUGGGUCGCUGAGCUAGCGCGUGAGUUUCACCUCCCUUCGGCUCUUCUCUGGGUCCAGCCCGUAACCGUCUUCUCCAUUUUCUACCAUUACUUCAACGGCUACGCAGAGGCAAUCUCAGAGAUGGCUAACAACAACCCCUCUGGUUCUAUUAAAUUACCGUCUCUGCCACUGCUAUAUCUCCGCGAUCUUCCUGCGUGCAUCGUCCCUUCCAACGUCUACGCGUUUCUUCUACCGGCGUUUCAAGAACAGAUUGAGUCACUGAAGCAAGACGAGAACCCUAAGAUCCUCAUCAACAGUUUCCAAGAACUCGAACCAGAAGCUCUAAGCUCGGUUCUUGAUAAUGUCAAGUUUGUCCCUGUCGGUCCGUUGAUAACCUCGAGGACUGAUUCUGGGACUCGCGUUGAUUACGUCGAGUGGCUAGAUGCAAAAGCUGAUUCGUCUGUGCUUUAUAUUUCGUUUGGGACACUUGCCGUGUUAACCAAGAAACAGCUUCUUGAGCUUUGCAAAGCGUUGAUAAAGAGUCGGAGACCGUUCUUGUGGGCGAUUACGGAUAAGUCGUACAGAAGUAAACAAGAUGGGGAAGAGAAAGAAGUGGAGAUCAUAAAGAGUUUCAGACAAGAGCUCGAUGAGAUAGGAAUGGUGGUUUCUUGGUGCGAUCAGUUUAGCGUUUUGAAGCAUAGAUCGAUCGGUUGUUUCGUGACGCAUUGCGGGUGGAACUCGACGCUGGAGAGCUUGGUCGCUGGAGUUCCGGUGGUUGCGUUUCCGCAGUUUAACGAUCAGAUGACGAACGCGAAGCUUCUGGAAGAGUGUUGGAGGACAGGUGUGAGAGUGAUGGAGAAGAAGGAAGAGGAAGAAGGAGUGGUUGUGGUGGAGAGUGAGGAGAUAAGGCGGUGCAUUGAGGGAGUUAUGGAGGAGAAGGCUGAGGAGUUUAGGGGAAACGCGGCGAGGUGGAGAGAUUUAGCGGCGGAGGCGGUGAGUGAAGGAGGCUCUUCGUUUAAUCACCUCAAAGCUUUUGUCAAUGAGCACAUGUGA